ACUUUUAUUACAUAAAAAUCUGUCUACCAAAGACAGGCAGGAGAUUUCAAGAAAAAAAAAAAAAAAGGGUUAAAGGGAGGAAGCCGAGACUGGUGUAUUGAAGAAGGCUGAAACGAGGGUUUUCGGCGUAAAUUUAGUGCAAAAUGACUAAUAUAAUGAGCACAGAGCAUGAUAAAUAUGCUACGAUCAAUUUCGAAGAGACAGAAUUGCGUCUGGGGUUACCUUGUUCUGCAGGCAAUGCACAUGAAGGUGAGAUUGCCAAGAGUAAUGGAAAGAGAGGGUUCUCGGAGACUCUAGUGGAUUUGAAGCUUAAUCUUUCCACCAAAGAAUCUGCAAGGAAGGAUAUUGGAGAGGAGAAGAUGAAGGAGAAAGCUGCUGUACUUCCUUCUUCUACUGAUCCAGCAAAACCUCCUGCCAAGGCACAAGUUGUGGGUUGGCCACCAAUUCGAUCAUUCCGAAAGAAUGUCAUGUCUGUACAGAAAAACAGCAGUGAUGAGGCCGCCGGCAGUAGCAGCAGCAGUGCUGCUUUUGUGAAGGUGAGCAUGGAUGGUGCGCCAUACUUGCGAAAAGUGGACUUGAAAUUGUACAAGAGCUACCAAGAACUCUCUGAUGCCUUAGGCAAAAUGUUCAGCUCCUUUACCAUUGGUAACUGUGGAUCUCAAGGAAUGAAGGAUUUCAUGAACGAGAGCAAAUUGAUAGACCUGUUGAAUGGUUCUGAGUAUGUUCCAACUUAUGAAGACAAAGACGGAGAUUGGAUGCUUGUAGGAGAUGUGCCAUGGGAAAUGUUUGUCGAUUCAUGCAAACGAUUGAGGAUAAUGAAGGGGUCUGAGGCAAUAGGACUUGCUCCAAGAGCUGUGGAGAAGUGCAAGAACAGGAGCUGAAGAGGAGUUUUGCUGUUGAUUCGAGAAAUGGAAUCCAUUGACUGAACCUUCAAAAGGAAAAAGCAGACCGGCUCAAGAGGAAUUAAGCAAGGAGUUUGGAUGUCUGUGUACAUGGUUUUUUUUCCUUCAUUUUUAUUUUCUCAUGACGUAUAUGAAUAUAUGAGGAACAUAUUCGGAGAUUUAUUAGGAAUAUCAAGUAAUAAUAUAUAGGAGAUGUUUAUAUAUA